AAAGACAUUGAGUACAGCAGUCAUUACACUCAGCCGUCAUACCAUUGCGUUGAGUGUGAGCGAGACGACAGCUGGUGUUAACAUUGAGUUUGACUGUUCGGUGACGAUUCCAAUUCGUACUCCUGAAUAUUAUUUGCUGCUGUGUGUAAAGUGAAAGACUGUCGCUGUAAAAACAAUAGAAAUAAAUCCGAGAUCAAUUUCGAUUCGAAUAAAUUGUUUGGAUUAGUUCAACGUGAGGAUAUCCAAGAGAAACGCCGAAAUUUGGUCAAUAAAUUUAAAUUCAGAAAUUUUUCAUUGAAUUCCGUUGGUGAGAAGCGAAAUCGGACAGAAUGGAUGAUCCAAGAUUUGAUAAUUUGGUAAAUAUCGACGGUGGUCGCAUCAUUAAGAUGGAGGUGGACUACAGCAGUGCGUGUGAUGAGAAAAUUCCCGCAUUGAAAGAGGCUGCCAAAGAUCCGGCAAAAUUUCAUCAGUCGAUCGACGGCCUGUUGCAAUUGGAAAAGCAAACGCGUUUGGGUGCCGACAUGGUGUCAUGUUCGCGUGUUUUGUGCGCUAUCGUACAGAUUUGCUUUGAGGCACGCAACUGGAAUGCACUCAACGAACACAUUGCAUUGCUGGUGAAACGUCGCUCACAGUUGAAACAGGCCGUUGUCAAAAUGGUACAGGAAUGUUGCACGUAUGUCGAUCAAAUCACCGAAAAAGAAACCAAAUUGAAGUUGAUCGAUACGUUGCGCACGGUGACCGAAGGUAAAAUUUAUGUUGAAGUCGAACGGGCUCGGCUCACCAAAAUUUUGGCCAACAUCCGUGAGGCCGAUGGUGAUAUCGUUGGUGCGGCCAAUGUUAUGGAAGAACUACAAGUCGAAACAUACGGCACAAUGGUGAAACGCGAAAAAGUCGAGCUCAUUCUCGAACAGAUGCGAUUGUGUUUAGCGAAACAGGAUUUGGUACGGGCACAAAUUAUCGCCAAGAAGAUCAGCAUUAAGUUCUUCGAUGAUCCAGAGCAAGAAGACCUCAAGUACAAAUAUUAUUGCAUUAUGAUCGAUUUGGAUCAAGAUACAUCAUACUUGCGCACUUCACGGCACUACCAAGCCAUCAUGGAUUCAAAGAUCAUUGCCGAUAUUCCAAAUAGACGCCAACAGAUGAUGGUGUUCGCUUGUUUGUACUGCAUUUUGGCACCGUACGAUAACGAACAACAAGAUAUGAUGCUCAAAUUAGAUAAAAUGAAGCAACUCGAUGAAUCGCCAAUCUGCAAAGAGCUGUUGCGUUUAUUCAUGUGCAAGGAACUCAUCGAUUUUGCUGCCAUGGAAAAUUUGUACGGCAAAGAAUUGCUCGGCUUCGAAAUAUUCAAUCAAAGCAAAGCGCAUGGCAAAAAAUGCUGGACCGAACUAAAAAACCGUGUCAUCGAACACAAUAUUCGCGUCAUUUCCAACUACUACACCCGCAUCAAUUUGAAUCGUUUGUGUGAAUUACUGAAACUGCCUGCCGAGCAAACGGAGGAAUACCUGUCGCAAUUGGCCAAUAACAAUGCAUUAACGGUUAAAAUCGAUCGUCCAUCGGGCAUUAUUCAUUUCUCAACAAAGAAGGCGCCAAGCGACAUCCUCAACGAUUGGGCGUUCGACAUUUCAAAGCUGAUGAAUUUGGUCAACAAAACCUGUCACUUGAUCAAUAAAGAGGAAUGCAUAAACAAUGUAUUAGUCGAUUAAAGAGAGAAAAAGAGAAUGCUAUCAAUUUUAAGUGAUAUUCAUAAUGCGUGCAUAUGAAUUUAAAUCGAAAUCUACGUAGCAUGUGUCAGCCCAAUUCGAAUAAAUCCAACAUCAUUUUGAGACACGUUGUCAAUCAAUCUCUCCAAUUGUUUUUUCUUGUUCUUGUGUUCCGAUCAUUUUCUUUUCGACAAACAUCGUUUAGCCCAUUUUCAAUUGUUAAAACUGAAAAUUUAUGCCGAAAUAAUUCUAUUUAUGUAAAGUGAAUUAUAUUAAAAAAAAAAACAACAAAACAAAAACGGUUUUGAGUAUUUUGAGAAACGAGCGGAACAUCUCUUGUACUAACUGAUUCUUUUCAUUUUUCACUAAAUAAACGAAAAAAUCGUAUAAAAUACUGAAA